GGGAGCUGGUGGCGGCGGUGGAAUGUUUUGGGGGCUGUCAAUGAAGACAGGCGCUGCUGCUGCUGCUGGCCGGUGCCUGGGCAGGUCAGCCUGAGGGGGCCCUGCGGGAUACUCCUCCGCGGCAGGGCAGAGCCUCCCUCGCGGCUCCUAGCCUGACUGGGGCUUGCGUGGCCGGGUUUGCCAGCCCCGCAGAGCAGCCGGAGGAGGGGACGGGGUUUCGGCGGGUCCCCCCAGCAGCCGCCUGGGGUGCCGGGGGAGAGGGAUCCGUAACCCCCCCUCCACAAGCAGCCGGGGCGGGAAGCGGCCCGAGAGGCGGAGGCAGCAGCUGGGGUGAUGAUGAACAGGUUCAGAAAGUGGCUCUACAAGCCCAAGAGGACUGACCCGCAGCUCCUUGCCCAGUUCUACUAUGCAGAUGAAGAACUAAAUCAAGUAGCAGCUGAACUGGACUGUUUGGAUGGAAGAAAAGACCCACAAAGAUGCACAUUGCUAGUCAACCAAUUCCGCUCUUGUCAGGAUAAUGUUUUAAACAUCGUAAAUCAAAUCAUGGAUGAAUGCAUUCCACAUGAACGGGCCAACCGGGACUUCUGUGUUAAAUUUCCAGAAGAAAUACGCCAUGACAACCUUGCAGGGCAGCUUUGGUUUGGAGCAGAGUGCUUGGCUGCUGGUUCUAUUAUUAUGAAUCGUGAAAUUGAGAGCAUGGCUAUGAGACCAUUGGCCAAGGAUCUGACCCGCAGCCUGGAGGAAGUUAGGAACAUUAUUCGCGACCAGGCCUUAAGGGAUUUGAAUCUUUACACAGAAAAAAUGAAAGAGUCGCUUAAACAUUUUGAUGUCCUUUUUGCUGAAUUUGAGUUAAGUUAUGUAUCAGCCAUGGUACCUGUAAAGUCUCCAAAAGAGUAUUAUGUACAGCAAGAGGUAAUCGUGCUUUUUUGUGAAACAGUAGAGAGAGCUUUAAAGCUUGGAUACCUCACUCAAGAUAUGAUUGAUGACUAUGAACCAGCAUUAAUGUUUACCAUCCCAAGAUUAGCCAUUGUGUGUGGGCUUGUAGUUUAUUCUGAAGGACCAUUGAACUUGGACCGCAAGCCAGAAGAUAUGUCUGAGCUUUUCAGACCCUUCCAUACUUUGCUAAGGAAAAUAAGGGAUCUGCUUCAGACCUUAACUGAUGAUGAGCUGCACACACUGGAACGUAACCUCUGUAUAUCCCAGGAUGUGGAUUUUCCUGUCAGAACAGAUCCUGAAGUGCCCACUGUCAGUACAACUGCCUUGGCUGCAACUUUGCCUGCUGAGGAGCUUUCAGCAAAUGCUGAAAACACAGAGGCUGAGCUAGCCUGCUCCAUGCAGUAUGAUGAACAGGAAUUGGAACAGCUGAAUAGGAUGGUCCACAGAGUUGGAGAUGAGAUGUCUUCCCUGCUUUCCCCACCAAGUAUCUGCCAGUCUCCAGCACAUAGACCUGGCAUAAGAAAUGGCUCCAGCACAGAGACCUCACCUAACAGGCAACAUCUUGACAACUUAAUUGAUGAAGAUGAGAGAGUGUUUUUUAUGGAUGAUCUGGAUGGAACAGGAGAAGCUCUUGCUGGGUUGGAUUCAGCCAAUGACACAUUUGCAUGGGUGAAUAACCCUUGCCACAAUUCAAAGCAGAGUGUGCAGCACAGGGACCCUCUAGUGUAUGACAAUGGUCAUCAAACAGAAGAGACUUUACUUUUAAGAGAGGCAGAAAGCGAUUUAAGCAAUAAUAACAAUAUUGAAGAUGGCAAACAGAUGACUUGUAUCUCAAUUCAAAAUUCGUGCAGUUGUUUAGAAGGUCCUGAUUCACAGUUAUACCUCAAUGGCUGGGAUACAUAUGCUGAUGCAGAGACAGCAGAAAUGAUAGCCCAUAGGACGGGUGGAAUGAAGAUAUCUGCUACUGUAAUAUUUAAUCCCAAAUCUCCCUCUACUUCAGAAUCCCCAGUAACAACACCAGAAGUAGCUAUCAGUUGUGUUCCUGGGUCUUCUGAUUCUUUAGCUGAUGAAGAGGAGAGUGAAUCCCAUAAACUCAGCAUAGCUGCCACAAAUUGUCUAAUUAAUUCCUGUGUGUGUUGUGGCAGCUGUGAAGACAGUAGGGAGGAUAAUAUUGACGGUUUAAAGACCAGACAUUCCCCAGGAAAAGUUAUAAAUGCUUCUUAUAGUUUAGUAAAAUCUAAAGAAAAGGACCAUAUAGAUAAACUGGAUAGUGCAGUCUCUGCACAGGAGGCAUUAAAAACUGAAACGUCUCCUGCUUUGCUAGCAGAAAGAGAUUCUGGCAGAGAAGAACAGAAACUGUCUAACUCCUCUAAGUGCCUGGCACAUUCCUCAGGUUCACAGCUGGGAGCAGAAAAUGGAUCACAAGUAGAGGUGGAAAUCUCAAAUCAGCAAAAGAAAUGGGAGAAAAGAAGGCAGCCAAGUCAAAAGCAAUCAGAGAACAAUGAAGAAAGUAGUAGUGAAAGAAUAGCAAAGGAUGACAUUAAAUCAAGAUCUAGUUCAAGUUCUCAGGAUGGCUUACGUGAUUCCCCCCUCAGCUCCAUCUCCAGCAGUGACUAUGACAGUGUUUCUGUCACUACAUGUAGUCUCUCCAGCAUAUACGCUCUGAGCAGUUUAAUGACCAGCUCCUGUUCAUCUGAUGACAUUGAUCAGGAGGAAAUCCAGCUUGCCUUGCAGGCAGCUAAAAUUGCUACCAGAGAAAAGAUCAGAUCCCGAUUUCACGGCAGCAAUGACCUUAUUCACCGACUCUUUGUCUGCAUCUCAGGUGUGGCUGACCAGCUGCAGACAAACUAUGCCAGUGAUUUGCGAAGCAUCUUAAAGACCUUAUUUGAAGUGAUGGCAACCAAACCCGAAACAGAGGAUAAGGAAAAGCAAAAGAAAGUUAAUCAGGGUUUAAGGAAUGCAGCACUGGAAGAUUGUGCUUUAUGCCAGGAAACCAUAUCAUCUUCAGAACUUGCAGCGAAGGCCAGAGAUGGGGACUUUGAAGAUCCUCCUGAUUGGGUACCAGAUGAAGUCUGCAGCUACUGCACUGCGUGCAAAGCUCCUUUCACAGUAAUUCGCAGGAAACACCAUUGUAGGAGCUGUGGGAAGAUCUUCUGCUCUCGCUGUUCCUCCCACUCUGCUCCAUUACCUCGCUAUGGUCAGAUGAAGCCUGUCCGUGUGUGCACUCACUGUUACAUGUUCCAUGUCACUCCUUUCUACAGUGACAAAGCUGGUAUCUGACAUAAUAAACUAGUGAUGUACCUAUUGGAGUCUUAUAUGGACUGAUAUUACAUUUGAUCUAAGCCAAGAAUUAACUUGAAAGAAGGACCUUGUGUGGGCACGUAGGCUUUGACAUCCAUUACUAUAAAUUUUGUACAGGCAGUUUUUAUUGCAUUUUAUUAAGCUGCAAAAGGGAAGCAUGAAGCAUCUGUAGCUGUUAGGUUACAGUACAGUCUUCCAUAAAUUUCUAAUGUUAACGUUACAAUGCCAUAUGCAGAAUAAAAUGCACUGCGUGGAAAGAAAUAGGGCUCAGAGAAAUGAACAAACGCUGCUGCUUAUUUUACAGAUUAAGAACAGAGUAGGUGGUUGACUCUAACUUACUCUCACAGCAAAUCAUUUCCAAAGCUAGGGCACUUCUGCAUUCACUAGUGUUCUAGGAUGCUUCUGAGUGUGAAGGUCAGCUCUUGUCUGCCGGUUGCUAUUCAGCUUUUCCAUUACUUGAUAUAAGCUACCUAAGCUAACAUUAAUUGAGGCAAAACAUUUCAAACUUGCAUUCAAUAUUCAUGUAGGCAAAAUUCUCUUUGAACCAAAUAGGAAGAACUGAAGUUUCCAGAGCAGUACAUUUCUGUUGCCUUUCAUUUAUUCAUCACAGCAAUAACUCGGUGUCUUCUAAAAAUUAAUUCUUACAUAUUUUAAUUUAAUUCUAUAUAAUUUGUGGUGAUUGAAGUUGUUUACAUGCAGCAUAGUUCAAACCAAUUCCUGGUAAUAAAAAUAUAACAUGAGAGAGACUUUGGUUUGCAAUAUCAGUGAUAAAAUACUAACCUAAAAAACAGCUCCAGAGGAAAUAGUCAACAAAUUAAUGAAUUGCUGUUAAAAACAACAACAUAUUUUUGGAAAAGUUAAGCACUAUAAGUGUCACAUGUUACAGAACUUAUCCCAAGCUGUGUUUUUUAAAUUUUUAAAAUGAUUUUCUAAAGGCAAACAUUAACCAAUACUGUAUAUUUUUAUUCAAAAGGUCUGAAAUAUUGGCCUAGCAUCUGAAGUUUCUUAUCGUCCAUAGUUGGCUGAGUAAUUUUAUAAAAUAUUUCAUACUCUUACUUUUAGAUCACCCUGCUACCACCUCAGAAGACAUUUACAUUUAUUUUAAACACCAUGGCUAGAUUUUGGUUCUCCUUGGAUUGGAAAAAAAAUUCACAUAGAUUCAUGCAAUGAUCUUGCACAAAGAGCUGUGUGAGUACUAGAUUUUCAAAGGUGUUUGGACAUGCUUUGAGUUAGCCACAUGAAAAGAACAAUGCAGCAUGCUGCGGUUAGGGAGGAAAUUAUAGCAAGAGCUUUUUGCGGUAUCCUGUUUGGUGACUUGCAGUAUUACACAGUGUUUCAAGACGACGGAGAGAAGAUAAAAAAGUUGUUUGCGCUAUUUUGCUCAAGAAGGGUCCUCAUUUAAAAUGAUAAAGCAAAAACUGGUCAGUGUUUGUGUGUGUGUGUGUACAUUCCCUUUGCUUUGUGAUUUUUUUUUUAUCCAAUGCAGAUGAGCCAUAUAAGGAUAUACAGCUUGUUGAAAUUGCUGCCGUGUAAAUCAGAUAAAACAGCUUCACUAGUUUAUGUGAAAUGCACAAGCCUUAUGAAGCUAGCUGUGAGUAAAUUCAGCUGUGAUAUGUUUUCCUCACUUUAUUUAUAUAUAUGUUUUUUGCAAAGUCUCUUUCACAUAAUCCUCAAAUUGGAGUGUCACCAUUCACCAGAGUUUAGCUGGCUCAGGGUGGGUAGCUUAGAUGUGAGGUGGGUCGUAUGGUACAAGCAGUGAUACUUAUUCAGGCUUAAAUCUCAGGCUUCACAUUGCAAUGAUUAUUGCAGUUUUAUUUUUCGAGAAACAACAAAUCUAAUGCUUCUUUUAUAGGAUGAAAAAAAUAAAAUGCAACAAACUUCAAUUGUGAAAUAAAUAUGCACAAAAGUUGCUUCUGUGAAAAAAAUCUCAUUUAAUGGACUGAAUAUUAUUUAUUCAAGCUUGUUUUUAUUUUGUAAAUGCUGUAAUUCAGAAUCAUUUCCAUAAAUAUGAUAUUUAAGGAUCUCAGACACUAUAGUUUCUUAUGUAAAUACAAACUCCUAUUUCUCUUACUGAAAAGCACAAUGACUAUAUCAAUACUAAAAUGCAUUUGCCUCAAGGAAGACUUUCGUCUUGUAAUCUCUUCAGAUAAUUAAAAUGUCAAGACUUUCUACUUCCA